AUGUCUCGCUUUCUUCAGUUUCAGUCUCAAAUACCAGCUCCCCAAGUUCUAGAACAAAUACCAAUUGUAAAAACUCCAAUCGUACCAGCCUCGGCAAUGGAUGUCAACAACUCAAUGGUUGCAGGAAACAUUCAGGCAAUCAAGAAAUUGAUGGUGCAAGGUGGUGUCUUUGAUCCAGCAGAUGUGGAAGAUGGCGAGUCGCCUCAUUUUACUGAGUAUGUGGUGCUUGUACAUGGAGAUCUGGGCAUGGGCAAACACAUUGCAUCUAUACAGCAAUGUCGGUCCAUUGAAACAACUCCAUGGCAGCGAUUCCAACAUGUAGUCUUUGUGCCUAGCUUGUUCCACUUGAAAAUGGCAGCCACAGAUGCAAUAUGGAGGACAUUGAUCCAGCCAAUGUCAGUGCAUCAAGAUCAGACAAGUCUGAUGCAUGAUAUUGCACAGCUACAGCCACAUGAGACAGGAAUUUUUGGAUCCAAGCCUGGGUUCUGGAUGAUGCACAAGCUCAUUGGUCAUGAUGGGAUCUUCAAAAGAAUGAACAAUGCUCACAAAACACUUGACAACUUUGCCAUUUCUAAACAAAGCCUAGAGGAACUAAAGGAGAUUGCCAACCGACUCUCUCAAGAAUAUAUUGCUACCUACAAGCUAACACGAGCUCAUCAGCAGCCUGAUGAAUGA